AAGAACAAAGAAGGAAAAAGGUAAUAUAGUCUGCUGUAUGUAACUCCAAACAGCACCAGUUCUCAUCAGCCUGCAGGAGAAGACAGAACUGUUCUCAUGAUUCAGACAUUUAUGUGGACUCCACAUCUGCAGAACCAUGGCCUUAAGUGUUGAGAGGCAAAACCAGACAGAAGACGAGGGCAGACAGACUGCAAGGAACCAGAACACAGAUUUUGAUCCACCAGAAGAAAUUCGAAUAGUGCUGAUGGGAAAGACAGGAAGUGGCAAGAGUGCAUCGGGAAACACCAUCCUAAACCGAAAGGCUUUUACGUCCGUCUUCUCACCAGGCUCUGUGACGUCAGAGUGUGAAAAGGCCAAAGGAGCGGUGGAUGGACGCAGGGUCGCUGUCAUUGACACACCAGGGAUUUACGAUACAAAGUACAAAGAAGACGAGGUGGUCAGAAAGCUGAAAGAAUGCAUCUCUUACUCCGCCCCCGGUCCCCACGUGUUCGUGAUUGUGAUCAAGGCGGGCAGAUUCACAGAGGAAGAACAGAAAACUGUUGAACUCCUGCAGCAGGUGUUUGGGGACAAAGCUGCAGAUUACUCCGUUGUUCUCUUCACUCAUGGUGACCAGCUGCAUCGCACAAGAAUUGAAGAUUUCUUUAGGAAAAGUCAACCCCUUAGCCAUUUGGUCGCAAAAUGCAACGGGCGGUAUCAUGUCUUCAAUAACACAGUUCCCGAUGACAGACAGGUGCCUCAGCUGCUUGCAAAGAUAGAAACCAUGGUCAGUGAUAAUGGAGGAACAUUUUACACGAAUGAAAUGUUCCAGGAGGCUGAGCGAGCGAUCCGAGAAGAACAAGAGAAGAUUAUGAAAGCUAGUGCCGAGGAAAAACUCAGACAGGAAGAAGAACUGAUGGCAAAAUUUGAAGGAGAAGAGCUGGAAGACAUGAUACGGUCUCUCCAUGAAGAGUAUAAAAUAAAAUCAAGAGAAAAGGCAGAGAAGAAAAACAAAUUCAUUAAAACUGGUAUGGUUCUAACAUCCGCUGAAGUGGGUAUUGCAAUCGGGCUUGCUGCAGGAGCUGUUGGAGGUCCAGUUUGCAUAGCCUUCGGAGCAGUGGUGGGUGGAGCUGUCGGAGCUACAGUGGGACUCUUGGCACCAGCAGCAGUAAAAGCUCUGAAAAAGAAAUGCUCUGUACAAUAAACCAUAUGCUGCAUAUACAUGGCUAGUGAAAGUACUGAGCAAGGAACUGACACAACUACCUGUACCGCAUCUGCUUUCAAAAGCUUGUAACUCAUCAAGUGCCAGCAGAUUAUUAUGGUUACUUUGAAUAUGCUCUGAUAAUUCCGCUGUACCUGCACAAAUUGAGAUUUUGGCUGCUAAAGAUCUGGAUAUUUCCCUCAGGAUUUGGUGGAAACCAAACCAGAGCUAAAUGCAGAGUGAAUAUUGUAGUUACAUUUGUCAGAUAGACAGAAACACAACUCCAAAUGAAUGCUAAUGCUUCUCCAUGUCUUCUUGAAGUGUAAAUAGUAGGGCUGUCAAUCGCUUAAAAUAUUUAAUUGCAUGAUUGU